CGCCAUUUUGACUCGUUCCACUGCUCGCCUGGUCCGCUGAUGGUGCUACAUGCGGUGAGUUUCCGGUGUACCGUGAAGUGAUAGACGACUCGGUCUGUUCAGUGGUGCUAGUGAAAAAACACGAUGAAAAUGGCGUGGCAACCGCAGGAGGAAGGACUUCGACAAAUUCUCACGCUCCUGCAGGAGUCACAGAGCCCAGACACCGCUACUCAACGUGCCGUACAACAAAAAUUGGAGGAGCUCAACAAGUUCCCGGAUUUCAACAAUUACCUCAUCUUCGUGCUGACGAAGCUGACGUCUGAAGAUGUACCAACCCGCUCACUCAGCGGUCUAAUCCUCAAGAACAACGUACGCGCCCACUACCACAAGUUUCUCCCCGAAGUAACAACCUUCAUAAAACAAGAAUGCCUCCAAGCAGUGGGCGAUCCAUCACCAAUGAUCCGAGCAACAGUUGGAAUUCUCAUCACCACAAUCGCCUCAAAAGGCGACCUCACAACAUGGCCCGAACUUCUUCCUGCCCUCUGCCAGAUGCUGGACUCCCAGGACUACAACAUCUGCGAAGGUGCAUUUGGUGCUCUUCAGAAGAUCUGCGAGGAUUCAGCUGAACUACUGGACUCCGACGCCCUGAAUCGUCCCCUCAACGUUCUGAUUCCCAAGUUCCUCCAGUUCUUCAGACACACGAGCCCGAAGAUCAGAUCGCACGCGAUAGCCUGCGUCAAUCAGUUCAUCAUCAACAGAACUCAAGCUCUGAUGAUUCAUAUUGACAAUUUCCUGGAGAAUCUCUUUCAUCUGGCGAAUGAUGAGGAUCCUGAGGUGCGUAAGAACGUCUGCAGGGCACUGGUGAUGCUACUGGAGGUGAGAAUAGAUCGAUUGAUCCCCCACAUGCACAACAUCAUCGAGUACAUGCUCCUGAGGACUCAGGAUUCUGAUGCUGGAGUUGCUCUAGAGGCCUGCGAAUUCUGGUUAUCACUCGCUGAACAGGAAAUUUGUAAUGAAGCACUUGCACCCCACCUUCCCCGGUUGAUUCCAGUCCUGGUUGGGGGUAUGAAGUAUUCAGAAAUCGAUAUUAUUCUUCUGAAAGGUGAUGUUGAAGAGGAUGAAAUGAUUCCUGAUCGUGAGGAGGACAUCAGACCGAGAUUUCACAAGUCAAAGAGUCAUCACGCCCUUCAUCCAUCGAAUAAACAUUCAGAAGAGAAUGGAGGAUGUGAUGAUGAUGGUGAUGCUGAUGAUGGUGGUGAUGAUGACUCGUCUCUGAGUGAUUGGAACCUGAGGAAGUGUUCUGCAGCUGCUCUUGAUGUACUUGCUGGUGUCUUCAGGGAGGAUCUGCUUCCUGUUCUGGUUCCAAUCUUGAAGGAGACACUCUUUCAUCAGGAUUGGGAGAUCAAGGAGUCAGGGAUUUUAGCACUGGGGGCUAUUGCUGAAGGAUGCAUGGAUGGAAUGAUUCCUCAUCUGUCUGAACUCAUUCCUUAUCUCAUUGGGUGUCUCAGUGAUAAAAAAGCUCUUGUCAGGGCCAUCACCUGCUGGACACUUAGUCGGUAUUCUCAUUGGGUUUGUUCACAACCUCAUGACACUUACCUCAAACCCCUCAUGACUGAACUCUUGAAACGUGUCCUGGAUGGGAAUAAACGUGUUCAGGAAGCGGCGUGUUCAGCAUUUGCUACACUUGAGGAAGAAGCCUGUACUGAGCUGGUGCCCUACCUUGGGUUCAUCCUGGAGACGUUGGUAUUUGCAUUUGGAAAGUAUCAGCACAAGAACCUGCUGAUACUGUACGACGCCAUUGGAACGUUGGCUGAAUCAGUUGGUCAUCAUCUGAACAAACCUGACUACAUCAACAUCCUCAUGCCGCCAUUAAUCAACAAGUGGAAUGUCCUGAAGGACGAGGACAAAGACUUGUUUCCACUUCUUGAGUGUCUCUCGUCGGUGGCCACUGCUCUUCAAUCUGGUUUCCUACCUUACUGUGAACCUGUCUACAGGAGGUGUGUCUCACUUGUCGAACAGACGUUGAAUCAACACAUUGCCAACACCCAGAGUCCUGAACAAUUUGAACCACCUGAUAAAGAUUUUAUGAUUGUUGCACUGGAUUUACUGAGUGGUCUUGCUGAGGGACUCAAUGGUCAUAUGGAGAGAUUGGUUAUGAAUAGUAAUGUUAUGCAGCUGUUGUAUCAGUGUAUGCAGGAUCCAACGCCAGAGGUCAGGCAGAGUAGUUUUGCGUUAUUGGGGGAUCUCACCAAGGCCUGUUUUCAACACGUUCUUCCAUGUAUACCCGACUUUAUGCCAAUACUCGGACAAAACCUGAAUCCGACCUUCAUUUCCGUAUGUAACAACGCGUCCUGGGCCAUUGGAGAGAUUUCUAUAAAAUUAGGCCAAGACACGAGUUCGUAUAUUCCCCUGAUAAUAACACAACUAAUCGACAUAAUAAAUCGUCCCAACACACCAAAAACACUUCUGGAGAACACAGCGAUAACGAUCGGUCGCCUAGGUUAUGUGUGUCCCCAAGACGUCGCCCCCAUGUUACAGCAGUUUGUCCGACAGUGGUGCAUAUCGCUGAGAAAUAUACGUGAUAAUGCUGAGAAGGAUUCGGCAUUCAGAGGAAUGUGCCAGAUGAUAACGGUUAAUCCAGCUGGUGUUGUUCCUGAUUUUGUCUUCUUCUGCGAUGCUGUUGCCUCCUGGGUAACGCCACGUGACGAUUUGAAGGACAUGUUCCACAAGAUUCUUCACGGGUUCAAGAAUCAAGUGGGAGCUGACAACUGGAAGAGAUUCUCCGAUCAAUUUCCACCACAACUGGGCGAACGACUUCAUAAUAUGUACGAAGUCUGAAGGACCCCGCCUUGUUUUAACGGCCACUUAAUGGGGGAGGCCGAUCGGGGAUGGGCGGGGAAUAUAGAAAACGGGUGGACAGGGUGGGUGGUUGAAACCACGGCCUCUUCUCAUCAAAAUCAUCGACUUACCACGUUCGUCGUUGAGUGUCUAAAAACGUCAUGGCCACCGGUGAAUCCAGUGUCCAGCCCACUAAUUUGGGGGGGUGGGGGGGAGGGGGGAAUUAAUUUUUGUAAGCAGCCGACACAACCACUGGCCCCAGUGAGGCCCAGAAUGGGGUAAAAAAUAUCGAAGGGGAUGAGGAAAAAGUUAAAAAAACAAAAAAAAAUUUGACAAAAAAAUGGAAAUUAUUCUGUUUGCAAAAGUGAAAAUCAUUGGAUCGAGUCAAUAUCAUGAAUUUAAUAAUCAACAAAAUGGCCGCGACAGUGUGG